AUGGUUAAUCUUGACUCUCAGAAAAGACGAAUAACGAAAAUACCUGCUGCUAGGGAUUUAUUCUGCAACCUGGAUCGAGGGUACUUAUUCGUGAUUGCCAUGCAAGGUGACAGACAGAAUCUUCCAUCGCCUUUUACAUUAAAUGUUGAAGACUUAGAAACAUAUUCGACUCCUUCACCACCAAACCUUUACGUUGCUGCGGUACUUAAGCCAAGUGGUGGUGGCAUUUUCGUGUUUAUACUUGGUGAUGGCUCAUAUUCCAGUAUUUCGGGAACACGAGGUCGUCGUUCUACCGAAAGAGUUGAUUAUAACGCCCCUCUAAAACCCAAUAUUACUUAUCGAAUUUUCCAGCGUGUGGUGAUAAAUGAUCAGGGUGAUUAUUAUUCUACUGAAUGGAGUCCUUCAGCAAGAACUGCUUCAGAGCUACUUCCGCUUUCAGGCGAUAGUAAAGAUGAUGAUAACAAUGAUAACAACGUAACUGCAAUUGCUGCAGCUUCUGCAGCUGCUGUUGUUUUCGCUAUCGUCUUUGUGGUCCUAAUAAUUCUUUGGAGAAGAAGACGUGCUGUUGUUAAAGAGCCUAAAUCGCAUUUGCAAUCAGAACAUGAGGAUAGGAAUGGACAAGAGCUGUCCGUUAGAAACGACGCGUUCAUCGUUAAUGACAAUGCGGAUCCUGUUGUACGACCAAAUGAAGAAAAUAUUUAUGUAAACAAGUCAAUUUCCGAAGAAGAAAUGUAUGGAAACAAAGAAACUAUCGAGACCCGUAAUCGGUUACCAAUUCCACUCGCAAAUUUUACUGAGCACGUAAAAAAACUGAGAAGAAAAAACAUGGAGGAAUUGAGGCUCGAAUUUGAGGACUUACCAAAUGGUCAGAAAUGCAACUGGGUUAUUGCCAAAAGUCCUAUGAAUUCUGCCAAAAAUCGAUAUGGAAACGCAGUCACGUACGACCAUUCUCGUGUGAUACUCUCUGGUGAUGAAAAAUCUGACUAUAUCAACGCCUCUUUUGUCGACGUAAGUUUCAUUGAAAACAGGAAAUGUGAGAAGUACUACAUUGCGACCCAAGGUCCCAAACCUAAAACUGUAAACGAUUUCUGGAGGAUGAUUUUUGAGCAAAAGUGUCCAACAAUUGUAAUGUUGACGACUUUGAAAGAAAUGGGAAAAAACGGCGAACAUCAUGAAGUCGAGCAGUUUCACUACAAAUCAUGGCCAGACUAUGGAGUACCUCGUUAUCCAACACAACUCUUGACAUUCAGGAACCAUUUCAAGCUAUCGCACAAGACGAAAUCCGGUCCUGUCGUCGUUCACUGUAGUGCUGGUGUUGGUCGUACUGGAGUAUUUAUUGCCUUAGAUAAGAUCCUUGAUGAUCUUGAUGAUGAAUAUGAAACAAACAUUGAUGUAUUUGGUUUUGUGGAAGAAAUGAGAUCGCGGCGCAUAAACAUGGUUUAG